UAUGAGUGAAGAAGAUUUAAUUAUGACUAAAAUGAAAUUACAAACAUACAAGAUUACUAAAGAUAGUAAUGAUAAACUCAAAACUCAAAUAUCUGAAAACGAUGAACAAAUUUAAAAGAUGAGAGAUCUAAUAGAAGAAAUAAAAUAAAAAAAUAUAGAAAUAAAAUAGGAGUUUGUAAAUUAGGAUUUGGUAUAAAUAAAGAAUAAAUUUAGGAAAUUUAAAAUUUGGGGAAGGAAUUUUAAUUAAUCAAAAAUGAAAAUGAUGCUUAAAUUUAUAAAUUGAAAGAUUAAUUAAUAAAAUAUGAACAAAGAUAUAGUGAAUAAGAAAAAAUCAAUGAGAAUUCAAUCAUUCAAUAACAAUUCAAACAACCAAAUCGAUAUUUUUGUGAUGUAUUUUAUAUAAACUUAUAAUUAGAUCUAAAGAUCUAAGGAUGGGAGAAAAGAAGCAAAGAUUGUAUUCGAUCAAAGUUUUAAAAGUAAGAAGUUAUUAACAGAUAUUCAGCAAAAUUCUUUGAAUUUUAUUGUUUAUUUAGAGAAUAAUGAAAUUUCUCAUGUGAUAAGAUAAUAAAUUCAAUUAGAUUCAGAAAACAAUUCAAUAUUUUAAGGAAAUGAAGUAACAGUUAAAAUUGGAUGAUA